AUGAGUCUGAGUCGUACCAAGAGAAUCAGCUCCAGCAGCUCAGUGCGGAGCAGCAGCACGUCCAGGAGGCUGAGCGGCUACGGUCCAGGUCAGGGGGCCUUCACCGGCGUCUCCCUGAGCAGCAGCUCUCUGUACGCCGGUGCCAACGGGCACCACCACGGCCUGGGGGCCCCCCUGGCGUCCCUGUCGGUCAACAAGAGCCUGUUGGCCCCCCUCAACCUGGAGAUCGACCCCAACCUGUCGAUGAGCCGAGCCCACGAGAAGGAGCAGAUCAAGAGCCUCAACAACCGCUUCGCAAGCUUCAUCGACAAGGUGCGUUUCCUGGAGCAGCAGAACAAGAUGCUGGAGACGAAGCUGGAGCUGCUGCAGGGUCAGGGCGUGGGCCGCUCCAACGUGGAGCCCCUGUUCGAGGCCUACAUGGCGGGACUGAGGCGCCAAAUGGACCUGGUCAACAACGACAAGACCAAACUGGACGGGGAGCUGAGGAACAUGCAGGGCCUGGUGGAGGACUAUAAACACAAGUACGAGGACGAGAUCAACAAGAGGAACAACCUGGAGAACGACUUUGUUAUCCUGAAGAAGGAUGUGGACUCGGCCUACCUGGUGAAGGCAGAUCUGGAGGACAAGGUGGGAGCUCUGACUGACGAAAUCAACUUCUUGCGCAACAUCUACGAUGAGGAGCUGCGUGAGCUGCAGGCCAGCAUCAAGGACACGUCGGUGGUGGUGCAGAUGGACAACAGCCGCAGCCUGAACAUGGAGCAGAUCGUGGCUGAGGUCAAAUCCCAGUAUGAGGACAUCGCCGCCCACAGCCGAGAGGAGGCCGAGGCCUGGUACAAGAGCAAGUUCGACCAAAUGUCGGUUCAGGCCAGUCAGUUCGGAGACGAGCUCCGCGUUGUGAAGGCGGAGGUGGCCGAGGUCACGCGACUGAUCAGCCGGCUGCAGAGCGAGAUAGAGGCCGUCAAAGCUCAGCGUGGCAGUCUGGAGAACCAGCUGGCUGAGGCGGAGGAGCGCGGGGAGCUGGCCGUGAAAGAAGCCAAGGCCCGAACCAGAGAUCUGGAGGACGCCCUGCAGAGAGCCAAGCAGGACAUGGCCAGACAGCUCCGAGAGUACCAGGACCUGAUGAACCUGAAACUGGCUCUGGACAUUGAGAUCGCCACCUACAGGAAGCUGCUGGAAGGAGAGGAGGACAGACUCGGACACCAGUCCAUCCUCAACAUUCAGAACGUCUCCAGCUACAGUACUAAAAGUAAUAACGGUUACCACAGUAACAUCAGCUCUCCUGCUCCAAAGCUGCUGAUAAAGACGACUGAGACCAGAGAUAACAGCAGAUACAGCACACACUGAGCAACACACACACACACACACACA